AUUAACAACCUUCUCUCUUAUAUCUGCGUUUUGUUGCACAAACUCAGCAGUAUAUAAUCUCUAUGGAGAUUCUGCUUAGCCCAAAAACUCUGAUCAAAUUGACCACGAAAUUGCAUAAGGUACCAGUUAUGAGGAGGAGAAAAACUUCGAAUUCAUACAGAAAAGCUGCUGACAGUAACAGUGGAAUGAAUUCUAGUGCUGCAGAUAAAGGCACAUUCGUUAUCUACACUCUUGACAAAAGGCGAUUUGUGCUUCCUCUGACCUAUCUUUCUAAUUACAUGUUUCAAGAGCUAUUCAAGAUGUCGGAAGAAGAAUUUGGAAUAUCUAGUGAGGAUCCUAUUGUCUUCCCAUGUGAUUCACGACUCAUGAACUACAUAGUCUCACUAGUGAAGCUUGGAAUGAGUGCAGAUUUGGAGAAAGCUUUACUGAACUCUAUUAUCAAAAAUAGUUGCUCCAUAUCUACUUCUGAUUGUCAAGGACAGACAAGCCUGCUGUUACUCCUUUGUGGUUACUGAGUUCAUAUAUUCACAUAUGUAAAACUGCUGAUCUACCGACGGAGAAUUGGUUAGACAAUACAUUAAUUAACUACCGAGAUGCAUGGGGUGAACUUGUAGUCUUGUACUAUCUC